CCCUGAGCUGCACCAUGCUUGGAGUCCUGGUUGCUCUGCUGUCCCUGGCAGCUGCAGCCUCUGGCUGCGGGGUUCCUGCCUUCCCACCCACUGUCUCCAGAGUUGUUGGAGGGGAAAAUGCCAGACCCUACAGCUGGCCCUGGCAGGCCUCCCUCCAGUACAGUUCAAAUGGCAAAUGGCACCACACCUGUGGAGGGACCCUCAUUGCAACCAACUGGGUGAUGACAGCUGCACACUGCAUCAGUUCUUCCAGGAAAUAUCGAGUGUAUCUUGGAAAGUACAACCUAGCAGCUGAGGAAGAAGGAUCAAUUGCACUUUCUCCAGAAAAAAUCAUUGUCCAUGAGGACUGGAACCCCCAGAAGGUUGCCAGUGGGUAUGACAUUGCUCUGAUCAAACUCCCUGAAGACAUCACCCUAAGUGACCAAAUCGAGCUGGCCUGCCUGCCCCCAGCACAAAGCAUCCUCUCCUCCAACACUGCCUGCUACGUGACAGGAUGGGGGAGGCUGCAGACAAAUGGACCUCUUCCAGAUGACCUGCAGCAAGGGCUUCUGCUGGUGGUGGAUUAUGAAACGUGCUCUGAGCCUACCUGGUGGGGAAGCAUAGCAAAACCCACCAUGGUUUGUGCUGGUGGGGAUGGAAUCAUCUCCAGUUGUAAUGGGGACUCUGGUGGCCCAUUGAACUGCCAAGGUGCUGAUGGCAGGUGGGAAGUCCAUGGGAUUGUCAGCUUUGGCUCUUCUCUUGGCUGCAAUUAUUACCACAAACCUUCUGUCUUCACCAGGGUCUCUGCUUAUCACAGCUGGAUCCAGCAGGUUAUAGCAAGCAACUAAUCCACUGGGAGCUGGAUGGUGGAUGCCAAGAAAGAAAACAGUUUGACCACAGUGAUAACCACUGUGACACCAGUGACCACAAAGAGCUGGGAAAUCCUGCACAUCACUUGUACUGCACCCAACCAUACUGCAAUAAACUAUUUCUUUUUGCAAGA